AUGGAUACACAUUCUUCCUGCCCAUGGUCACUCGCCGACUCUCCAAUCGCCGACUCCCCAACACUGUCGCAGCGCGUGUCGUGGUCCAACUCAUCAACGAGCAUUAAGAACAGCGAAGGCAUAAAGUACCGUGAUGAGUUCCGCAGAUUAUAUGAGAGCACGUCCGAAGCUGUGUAUUGUACGCCCAUGCCCAAGAUCGAGAUUGCGACACCGGAGCCAACGCACAGUAGCUCUCGCGUGGGAGUAGCACCUGUCUCGGAAGAAGAGCGUACCUCAGAAGACCCGAAGUCUAUAAAGCAAGCGACCGAGAUGUGCGCCCCGCUAGAUCCAAAUCUCCUCGAAUGGGAGGGCAUUCAAGAUUCUGACCAUCCAGGGAACUGGCCAGGCUGGAAGAAGACCGGCAAUAUCACGAUCAUCUUGAUGAUGUGUGUGACUCAUGCAUUCGCAACCACCGCUCCCAUACCCGUUAUCGGAAUGAUACAGGUAGAUUUCGGGUCGAAUGAUGUCUACCUGUCAGCGUUUGUUGUCUGCGCCUACGUCCUUGGCUUCACAGCAGGGCCCUUGCUGGUUGUUCCGCUUGCUGAAGACCUUGGUCGCGUUAUCAUGUAUCAUUUUUGCAACAUCCUCUUCAUCAGUUUCAACUGCUGGUGUGCGAAAUCCGAGGAUCUGGUCAUGCUAGCGCUAGCACGAUUCCUCUCGGGCUGUGGAGGUGCUGUUGCCCAGUCUCUCGCAGCUCGCAGCAUCAGCGUCUUGGUCCAAGGUGGCGUGGGUCUCCUCAUGGCAUUCGUGGUGUUAGCUGUCUACCUCACUCCAGCUAUCAGUCCACUUGUUGGGAGUCAUAUCUACAUCGACUAG